GGAAGCCGAGCUCGUCUGGAUUCCCACCAUGGCCUGGGUCCCUCUGCUCCUCACGCUGCUCACUUACUUCUCAGGUUCUCUGGCACAGUACGUGCUGACCCAGCCGCCUUCAGUGUCUGUGUCUCUAGGGCAAAAGGCUCAACUCACCUGCUCAGGGAACAACAUUGGUAGCAAGAGUGUGCACUGGUACCAACAGAAACCUGGCAGUGCUCCACUACUUGUUAUAUAUAGCGAUAGCAGCAGACCCUCCGGAAUCCCUGAUCGAUUCUCUGGUGCCAACUCUGGUAACACGGCCACGUUAACCAUCACUGGAGUCCAGGCCCAGGACGAGGCUGAUUAUUACUGUCAGGUGUGGGACAGCAGCAGUGCUCAGCCUCACAGUGACACAGACAGAUGGGGAAUUGUGUUGGCUCAAACUGUAUUCUCAAUAGAUCCAUCAGUUUUUCUCCCAAAGGUCGGAAAUCCCCUCACCAUGCUCUGGGCUCCCCUCAUCGUCCUACUGGGGACAUGGUGCACAGGUUCCAGCUCACAGCCUGUGCUGACUCAGCCAACCUCAGAGUCAGUGUCCCCAGGAAACACUGUGAAACUCUCCUGCACCAUGAGCAGUGGGACCAGCAUCAGUGGCUACCGUGUGUUCUGGUUGCAGCAGAAACCUGGGAAUUCUCCACGAUACCUGCUGUAUUACAAGUCAGAUUCUGACAAGCACCAGGGCUCUGGGGUCCCUGCGCGCUUCUCAGGUUCCAAAGAAACAUCCAGUAACACCGGCUAUUUGACCAUCUCUGGUGUCCUGGCAGAGGAUGAGGCUGAUUAUUACUGUGCUGUGUGGCACAGCAAUGCUUGUCACAGUGACACAGACAGAUGGGGAAGUGAGACAAAAACCUGCCCUUUCAUCCCCCAGACCAGGCUCUGUGGAGCCUAG